AUGAUGGAGGCGGUGUCGCGACCAGCCAUUGCCGGGCCACUGCUGCUCAUAGUGGCUUGGGCCGUAUAUCAGCUUUUCUUCAAACCGUCCGCUCUGCCAGACUUGCCCAUCGUCGGCGCGCGUCCAGGCGACUGGUCUCCCAUGUGGCAGGCCCGGCUGCGGAAUUUCAAAGACAUGAAGGCGGCGCUCAACUCGUCCUACGCCCAGUACCAGAACCAGGCCACCAUCCUUCCCCUUCUCGACAGCGGCAACAUUGUGCUACUGCCCCAGUCGGAUACAAAGUUCCUCGCGGACCAGCCUGACAAUGUGCUCAAUAUGCACGACCAGGCACAGGACUCCCUGCAGACCGACUACACGACCAUGGAUCCCUCCCUGACACACGACCCGAUCCAUACUAACAUCAUCGUCGGCACUUUGACCAAGGAAAUCGCCAAUCUGGUCCCCGGCUUGGCGGAGGAGAUUGCGUACUGUUUUGACCGACACUUGGGCGCCGACCCGGAGUUCAAAGAGAUUGGGGUUUACGACAGCAUGCAGCACGUUCUCAGCGGCGUCACCAAUCGCGCACUCGUAGGGUUCCCACUCUGUCGAGAGCAAAAGGUGCUGGACAUGGGCAUCGCGUUUGCUCAGGACAUUCCCCUCUCGUCCAUGCUCAUGAGGUGUUUUCCUGGGUUCGCAAAGCCCCUCGUGGCGCCACUCAUCACACUGCCGAACCGCAUACACACGCGGAAAUUCGAGAAGUUGCUGGCCCCCGAGAUUGAGACUCGUCUGCAGCAAUGUGGCCUGCGACAAGGUGUCCAGGCGUCUGAGAAGAGCGACGUACCGCGCCGCAAUGACUUUCUACAGUGGUCCAUUGAACAGGCCAAGGCGAUUGGGAACCCCAAGAACUGGCGGGUCAGCGCUUUGGCGCAACGUGUCCUGCUGCUCAACUUUGCCGCCAUCCAUACGUCUACCUUUGCCAUGACGCACGUCCUCUUGGACUUGGCGUCAGCACCUCCCGAGAUCAUCGAGGAAUUGAGAGAAGAAGCUGCCAAUAUGCUAAAAGAGCACGAUGGGCAGUGGUCCAAGCGCGGGCUGGCACAGCUGGAGAAACUCGACUCGGCCAUGCGCGAGAGUCAACGCAAGAACUCAUUCGUGGGCCUCGGUCUCAUGCGCAAGGUCGUGGCCCAGGACGGCGUCACAUUCCCGAGUGGCGUGCACGUUCGCCAGGGCAACUCGGUCUGCGUCCCGGCGUACUCGGUGCUCCAGGACAGCGCGGUCUACACCGAUCCCAAGACGUACAAGCCCUUCCGAUUCUACGAGGCGCGUGUCAGCGAGACGGAGGGUUACGUCAAGAGGGCGCGCAACGCGUUUCCCACGGCGAGUCCGGAUUUUCUAGGAUGGGGACUGGGCCGGAAUGCUUGUCCUGGCCGAUUCUUUGCGUCGAAUGAGAUUAAGAUGAUGCUGGCCUACCUGCUUCUCCACUACGAUAUUGAGCACCAGGAGAGUCGACCGCGCAAUGUGUGGUUUGGCAUGAACCGCAUCCCGCCGAUGAAAGCGACUCUCAGGAUGAGGAAGAGGGCGACGGCUUGA